GUAUUUACUUAUGCGUUUAUUAGUUUUACUGCAAUCGCGUAUAAUUUUUGAGGAUGAGAUCAUAAGGCGCACUGCACCAAAAUGCAUUAUUAUUAAAGUGACGGUGCUUGAAGGUUUAAUUAAAUACGGCUGAAAUGGUGGAAUAUUUUUUCUGCUGUCCUUUGGCGUAUGCUGCUAAGUUCUUCGGUUGGUUGGGUGGCAUUUCUUCAGCGCUACUAUGCAUCUUCUGUGCCAUCUGCCUGGGAAGAGUACAUGAAAUUAUCGCCAGUGAAUAUUAUCGUAAAUAUAUUAGAGCUGAAUACUCUGAGGAGGCGCUCACCAUCAUCAUUGCUUUAUAUAUGGUCCUAUUUAUCAUCUCAAUGGUCACUCAUAUAUGCUUGGUUGUCGGUACAAUGAAGAGAAAACAUAAUUUAUUGCUGCCAUGGACUAUUGAGACCCUAUUCAAUUUAGGAUUAACAUUGCUAUUAUAUCUCCGCGACGCACAAUUUUCUUGGAUAAGUUUAAUAGUUUUGGUUCUUAAUUUAUAUUUUUGGUAUGCCAUGGUGUCGCUUUAUGGGAAAAUUAGAGAAGGAAAUGAGAGGCGAUCAAAUCGCAAUGUAAAUGUAUAGUUCGAAACGGGAGAAAAUUAAU